AUGAGCCACCAUGCAAAGGGCCUGAAAGAGGAAGCUCGAGGUGAAGUGAGACGGCAGGGGAGAAGCAGCUCUCCACGUACAGGUGACAAAUUGGAGAGGGGACCCCCAAGCAAGCGGACUCCAAGAGCUGAGCAGGCACGGAGCCCCCCAGGCAAGCGUGGAGCCCAGCAGAGCCAGAAGGAGUGGACUAGGGGCAGCCCAAGCCCGGGAUCUCCCCGGAGGAAGCAGACAGAGCACAGGAGACUGGGAGAGCAAGAGCGGAGCCAGAUAGAAAGGACUAGUGAAAGGAGGAGGAAGAGGGAUGAGAGGGCUUCCCUCAAGGAGCAGAGAGCGCCCUCAAAGAAGGAGAAGGAGGUUCCCAGGAAGGAGGAGAAGAGGAAGCGACGCAAAGAACCCAGAUCCUCCUUGGCUUCCAGUGCCUCUGGCAGGGAGUCCCUGUCUGAGGAGGAACUGGCCCGGAUCCUGGAGGAGGUGGAAGAAAAAAAGAAGCUCAUUGCCACCAUGCGGAACAAACCUUGGCCCAUGGCAAAGAAACUGACAGAGCUCAGAGAAGCCCAGGCAUUUGUGGAGAAGUACGAAGGAGCCUUGGGGAAGGGAAAAGGCAAGCGACUCUAUGCCUACAGGAUGAUGAUGGCUAAGAAAUGGGUCAAGUUUAAGAGAGAUUUUGAUAAUUUCAAGACCCAAUGUAUUCCUUGGGAAAUGAAGAUCAAGGACAUUGAAAGUCACUUUGGUUCUUCGGUGGCAUCGUAUUUUAUCUUUCUCCGAUGGAUGUAUGGCGUUAACCUUGUCCUUUUUGGCUUAAUAUUUGGUCUAGUCAUAAUUCCAGAGGUUCUGAUGGGCAUGCCCUAUGGAAGUAUUCCCAGAAAGACAGUGCCUCGGGCUGAGGAAGAAAAAGCCAUGGACUUUUCUGUCCUCUGGGAUUUUGAGGGCUACAUCAAGUACUCCGCACUCUUCUAUGGUUACUACAACAACCAGAGGACCAUCGGGUGGCUGAGGUACAGGCUGCCCAUGGCUUACUUUAUGGUAGGCGUCAGUGUGUUCGGCUACAGCCUGAUGAUUGUCAUUAGAUCGAUGGCCAGCAAUACUCAGGGAAGCACAAGUGAUGGGGAGAGUGAUAACUUCACAUUCAGCUUCAAGAUGUUCACCAGCUGGGACUACCUGAUCGGGAACUCAGAGACGGCCGACAACAAAUAUGCCUCCAUUACCACCAGCUUCAAGGAAUCAAUAGUGGAUGAACAGGAGAGUAACAAAGAAGAAAACAUCCAUCUGACAAGAUUUCUCCGUGUCCUGGCCAACUUUCUCAUCAUCUGCUGUUUGUGUGGAAGCGGGUACCUCAUUUAUUUUGUGGUAAAGCGAUCCCAGGAAUUCUCCAAGAUGCAGAAUGUCAGCUGGUAUGAAAGGAAUGAGGUAGAGAUUGUGAUGUCCCUGCUUGGGAUGUUUUGUCCCCCUCUGUUUGAAACCAUUGCUGCCCUGGAGAAUUACCACCCACGCAUUGGACUGAAGUGGCAGCUGGGACGCAUCUUUGCACUCUUCCUGGGGAACCUCUACACAUUUCUCUUGGCCCUGAUGGAUGACGUCCACCUCAAGCUUUCUAAUGAAGAGAAAAUAAAGAACAUCACUCACUGGACUCUGUUUAACUAUUACAACUCCUCAGGCUGGAACGAGAGUGUCCCCCGGCCACCCCUGCAUCCUGCAGAUGUGCCCCGGGGUUCUUGCUGGGAGACAGCCGUGGGCAUUGAAUUCAUGAGGCUGACGGUGUCUGACAUGCUGGUAACAUACAUCACCAUCCUGCUGGGGGACUUCCUACGGGCUUGUUUUGUGCGGUUCAUGAACUACUGCUGGUGCUGGGACCUGGAGGCUGGAUUUCCUUCAUAUGCUGAGUUUGAUAUUAGUGGAAAUGUGCUGGGUUUGAUCUUCAACCAAGGAAUGAUCUGGAUGGGCUCCUUCUAUGCUCCAGGACUGGUGGGCAUUAACGUGCUGCGCCUGCUGACCUCCAUGUACUUCCAGUGCUGGGCGGUGAUGAGCAGCAACGUCCCCCAUGAGCGUGUGUUCAAAGCCUCCCGAUCCAACAACUUCUACAUGGGCCUCCUGCUGCUGGUGCUCUUCCUCAGCCUCCUGCCGGUGGCCUACACCAUCAUGUCCCUUCCACCCUCCUUUGACUGCGGGCCAUUCAGUGGGAAAAACAGAAUGUAUGAUGUCCUCCAAGAGACCAUUGAAAGUGAUUUCCCAACCUUCCUGGGCAAGAUCUUUGCUUUCCUCGCCAAUCCAGGCCUGAUCAUUCCAGCCAUCCUGCUGAUGUUCCUGGCAAUUUACUACCUGAACUCAGUCUCCAAAAGCCUUUCCCGAGCUAAUGCCCAGCUGAGGAAGAAAAUUCAAGCGCUCCGUGAAGUUGAGAAGAGCCACAAAUCUGUUAAAAGCAGAGUCACAGCCAGAGAUUCAGGGGACACACCUAAAAACAGCUCCAAAAAUACCACCCAGCUCCAACUCACCAAGGAAGAGACCACUCCUCACUCUGCCAGCCAAAGCCAGGCCCUGGACAAGAAGGCGCAGGGCUCAGGGACCUCUAGUUCUGCCAGUGGGACUGCGCUGCCUGCCUCCCAGCACCUCCCGGUGUCUCGGUCCCCUGGAGUCAGACCAGGUUCUGACCUCCCGCGAUCCCAGCCUCAUUCUUCCAGGUCAGCCUCUGGCAAGAGUGCUCAGAGACCUCCCCACUGA